AUCUGAACACUAAAUAUAGUUGAAAUCUAAAACCCUCCGUCCCUUCAGCCCUCGUCGUGCCUCUGCCUUCCAUCGCCAACAUCACCGUCCAGUGCUGCCGUUGAAGUCUACAGAGGUUCAACGAAGGAGCGCUGCUCUCCAACAUCACUCAUAAGGCCUGUGUGCAAUCUACAAAAUUCAAAUUCAAAAUUAGGGCAAAACACCAAUUUAGGGCUAAUCCAAGCAACAAAUUCAGGUUUAAUAUGUCGAGUUCCGGCGAACCGAGCAGAAAACGGCCGUUUAUAGAGAUAGAUAAGCCGAGUACAGUAUUGUGCACAGUGGUGGCAAUGGAUUACAAGAAUCUCUUUUACAGAGUGUGUAGUGUGUGCGAAAGGACUCUGCCGGACAAUCCCGGUAGCUCUUGCAGCCACUACAACUGCACCAACAGUUUCAAUCCUUCUACUUCCAGCUCCAAACGCCUCUUUCGUGUUCUUGUGUCAAUAGCUACGGAUACAGAGAUUUUGGUGGUGAUAAUGUUCGAUAGGGCCGCGAGAGUGUUGUUUGGUUGCUCUGCUGAUGAGUUUUUUCACUUUGCCAAGACUCACCCCUAUGCCUCUACAACGGCGAGCAAGGCUCUGGAGGGAGAGAUUUUGACUGUAACGUUAUCAAAGCCGAAGAAUGGCAAUGCUCAGCACCUACGUGUGGUAUCGGUUAUACCUAUGCGAAGUGAUUUUCAGCCAGCCAUCCACACUUUGAGGGAAUUGUAUCCACCCUAACUAACAUUUCACUUUCGUGGAAGCUAUUCUGUGAUUAAGAAUUUCUAUUCUUGCUUUAUGUAUUGUCUAAUACUAGAACUUGAGAGAAUGAAUAAUCGUAGGUUGCUGCUGCUGAGUAUGUUUAGUUUUGUGUAUUUUCCUAGAUUCUUUUUGUAGUUUGAUGCCCUGCAAGAUUCUUGGCAUCGUUUACAAACACGAGGACAUGUGUAUAUUCUUCUAAAUCUCAAUCAAAAUCCUCUAUUUGUUCU